AAAACGAAGAAGGGUGUUUUCAGUUUUCAGUUUUCACGAAUCAUGGUAACUGGGUGGGGGCCCACUGCCCCUAAUUAACACAAGUACUAGUAUUGUAGUGGGGUCACAGCAUUGGCUGAACCAGCUAGCUGAUCUCUCUUUCCAUUCCAUAUUCUCUUAUCAUUGAGAGACCCUUUGUCCCUUCUCAAGAUCUCAUUGCAUUUCCCUCCCUUUACACGGGAGAUAGUGCAAGAAGCGUAAUCUCCAAGUUCUCAUCUUUUUGUUCCCUUUUUGUUCAGAGACAUACAUAGUCCCGCCCCAGAAGAACAAAUUGCUACAACCUAUUUUGAUUUGAGAUCUGUCUGUCUCUUUGGUUUCAGUUCAGGUAUGAUAUCUUGAAAUUUACAUAUUUUCUGGAUAAAGGGUCAAAGUGAGGAAUGCAAAGAAAAUGGGGAGGAGAGGAAGUAGUUGGUUUUCUACUGUGAAGAAAGCUCUAAGCCCUGAGCCAAAGGAGAAGAACGAUCAGAAUUCAAGUAGAUCAAAGAAGAAAUGGUUUGGGAAGCAAAAAUUGCAGACUUCAGAAUCAACCUCACAAACGGAUAAUGCACCACCUCUUCCUCCACCUGAGAUUAUUUUAACUCAUGUUGAGAGUGAAAUCAGCCAUGAGCGUAUUGAAGUUGCAACUGCAGUGGAUGCUGUGGAACCUGUUCCUGCUGUUCAGAUGGCAGCUGCUGAAGUUCAAGCCACCACAACUGUUCAGUUUAACAGUAAACCAACAGAAGAAGUGGCUGCAAUCAGGAUUCAAAAAGCUUUUCGGGGAUACUUGGCAAGAAGAGAAUUGCGCGCGUUAAGGGGGCUGGUCAGGUUGAGAUCGCUGAUGGAAGGGCCAGUGGUGAAACGUCAAGCCAUUAGUACUCUCCGUUCUAUGCAGACUUUUGCUCAUUUGCAAACUCAGAUUCGUUCUAGGAGGCUCAGGAUGUUAGAGGAGAAUCAAGAACUACAGAAACAGCUCUUACAGAAGCACGCAAAAGAGCUAGAGAGCAUGCGGCUUGGGGAGGAAUGGGAUGACAGCAUACAAUCAAAAGAACAAGUUGAAGCCAAGUUACUGAGCAAGUAUGAAGCUGCUAUGAGAAGAGAAAGAGCAAUGGCUUAUUCAUUCUCUCAUCAGCAAAACUGGAAGAAUGCAUCAAGAUCUGUAAACCCAAUGUUCAUGGAUCAAACCAAUCCAGCCUGGGGUUGGAGUUGGUUGGAACGAUGGAUGGCAGCCCGGCCCUGGGAGAGCCAUAGCCUGAUGGAGAAAGAGAAGAAUGACAAUAAAUCUCUAAGAAGUUCUAGCCGUGGCAUUACCAGUGCUGAAAUCAGCAAAUCAUUUGCUAAGUUUCAGCUCAAUUCUGAGAAGCAUUCUCCAACAGCCAGCCAAAAUCCAGGCUCACCUAACUUUGAGUCCCAUUCAAAUCCUCCCAAGCCAUCUUCUCCUGCAGUUGCUAGGAAACUGAAGAAAGCAAGUCCUAAGGACAUCUUGGCUAUAGACGAUGGCACUAAGAGCAUGGUUAGUGUGCAGUCAGAGCGGCCACGGAGGCACUCCAUUGCUGGAUCAAUAGUGGGAGAUGAUGAAAGCCUUGCAAGCUCUCCAUCUAUUCCAAGUUACAUGGUGCCAACUAAAUCUGCAAAAGCUAAGUCCAGGAUGCAAAGUCCAUUUGCUGCAGAAAACGGAACCCCAGAUAAAGGGUCCUCUGGGACUGCAAAGAAACGUCUUUCUUUCCCAGCUUCGCCUGCUAGGCCAAGGAGGCACUCAGGUCCACCAAAGGUAGAGAGCAGCUUCAAUGCUGAAAUCACUGUGGGAAAUGGUGUGGCUGGUUGAUUAUAUAGCCACAGAAAAUAUGAUGCAAUGCAAGCAUUUGAAAUGUCAUGACAAAGUUAAGACAAAAAGUUCAUUUGAAUUGUUCCCUUAUUUAUUUAUUUAUUAUGUGUAUCUCAAUCUUUUCAUUUCUUGGAGGCUAUUGGUUUGAGGGUGAAAACUGUUUUACCUUCUACAUUUUAUCUAUUUGUAUUCUCAUGUAUCUACUCACAAUUUGCACUGAGAAGUUGAAAGGUGUGAUUCAUGAUAGUAUUAUGGACAAAAGAACAAGUCAGCUGUCAGAAGCCUUUCGGAGCUUCCCCAGUAUCUCUGUUACUAUUGAUUCUUAUGUGAUAUAAAAUGUAUAUUUAAUUUCAUUGUCUCAUUUCUUAGAAGUUACUAUAUUUUGUAAUCUAUGAUAUUUGAUGUUGUGUAUUA